AUUACUCGCUCAAUCCCUUCCAGAGUUGAAACCCUAACCUCCUACUCCCACAGCCCCCUUCGUUUGUUUCACUUAUACGUAUAUAUAUAUAUGUCCAUUGCCGGCCGGCGGACGGAGGUUUUGUCUUAUUCCGGCGAGCGCGUGACAUUCCCGAUAUAUUUAAUUCAUGUUUUCUGCACAACCUGAAAUCUAUCGGUUCGGCCUCGAAUUCGCCGGAAUUCAGCGAUUCUGCUGCAAUUCAUGGCGUCCGCAGCAUUAGCUAGUCGUAAUGAACUAAGUUGGGCUCAAUCCUGUGCUGCUGGUGGUGGAUUCAUGGGGAAAACCCCUAACUCUCGUCCUCAUUUGAAACCUAGCGCUAAUUCUAACCCAAAGAAGAAACAGAAAUAUUUGCAUCACGGAGUUAACGGCCGUCAGAACGAUGAUUUGCCUGCGGUUAAGCAAACGGCUUCGGACGAUGCGUAUUCCUUCAAUCAGCCGCCUAAGGAAUCGAAUGGCCUCAAUUUUGGGAGCUACUUAACCUACAACGUCAAUUCGUACUCGAAAGCAGAGCUCAGCGAGCUUCGGAAGCGGCUUGGUGCGGAGCUCGAACAGAUUCGGAACCUCAGAGAUCGAAUUGAGUCGGGUCAUUUCAGCACCAGCACUACUAAUCCGAGACCCUACGGAAAGUCUAAGAAAAUGCCGGGGAAUAAAGAGCAGAUAUCUGUUGGAUCUGACAGCGAUCCGAGGAGGUUUUCAAAUAAGAAUGCUGGUGUUGUUUGCGGUGGUAUCGGUGUUAUCGAUAUGGAGAAUAUGAUGAAGGAUUGCAGGCAGAUAUUGACGAAGCUAAUGAAGCAUAAAAGUGGCUGGAUUUUUAAGUCGCCUGUAGAUGCAGCCGCCCUGGGUCUUCAUGAUUAUCACCAGAUUAUCAAGAGGCCAAUGGAUUUGGGGACUGUGAAAUCCAAUAUGGGAAAAAAUUGGUAUCCGAGCCCGGUUGAAUUUGCUGCUGAUGUGAGGCUGACUUUCAAUAAUGCGUUGCUGUACAACCCAAAAACGGAUCAAGUUCAUGGAUGGGCUGGCCUUCUUCUGGCUAGAUUUGAGGAGUUAUUUAAACCGAUCCAAGAUAAACUCGUUAAAGUCGAGAAUGAAAGAAAGGACAUUUUGGGCGUUGAUGAGUUCCAUGGCAGUCAUUGGAAUCACAUUUCGACUCCUGAGAUUGCUAAGAAGCCAAAGCCUAGUCCAAUCCCCCAGGUCCCCAAGAAGCAAGAAAUCUUGCAUAGUCAAUCGAGUGCUUCAACACCAUCAGUUCCGCCACCUCCGUCCAAUCCUCCUUUGCGUAAGCAAUCCCCAAUUCCGGCCCCUUCUCCUAUGACAGCACCAACUGCGAAGCCUAUUUCAGUGAGAGGAGGAACAACAGGGAAACAGCCGAAGCCAAGGGCUAAAGAUCCCAACAAGAGGGAGAUGAGUAUGGAGGAAAAGCAUAAACUUGGAGUUGGUUUGCAGAGUUUGCCUCAAGAGAAGAUGCCCCAGUUGGUGCAGAUUAUAAGAAAGAGGAACGAGCACUUAGCACAAGAUGAUGAUGAGAUUGAGCUGGACAUUGAAGCUUUGGACACCGAGACACUUUGGGAGCUUGAUCGCUUUGUAACCAAUUGGAAAAAGAUGGUUAGCAAAACAAAAAGGCAAGCUUUGAUCGGUAAUUUGACAGCUCCAACUGCUGCUCCAACUACCUCUAAUACUGAGGUUGACGAGGAUGCUGUCUUUGAGAAUAAUGAUUCUACACAGAAGCCUAAAAGGAUUGAAGUUGGGGAUGAAGAUGUUGACAUUGAUGAUGAUAUGCCUGCAGCUAGCUUUCCCCCUGUUGAAAUCGAGAAGGAUGAAGCUGCUGGCCGAGAGCCUGAUAACUGCAGUAGUAGCUCCAGUAGCUCUGGUAGCUCAGGCAGUGAUUCCUCUUCUUCUAGUGGAUGUGUAAUGUUCAUGGAAUAUAGGUUCUGAUUCAGGGAGUUCUUCAGGAAGUGAUUCAGAUGCUGAUGAUGCACAGUCUUGACACUUAUUUAUCUGGAGUUGCAGAGGCUUUGGGCAUCAUGUUUGCAUCCUCUAUGGUGUUUCCUCUCUAUGUAUGUGUUAUAUAUCAAGGGGGAUAUUUUCCAGAUUGAUAACUACUGUGGAACUUGCUUGGUGGGAUGCAAUGUUGAAAGAUACAUGCCUUGGAUAGCACUUUGCAGGAGCAGCCAAAAGUGAAGCUCUGGUAUUGAGAAGGCUAUACUUUUCAGUGGGAGGUUUAGAUAGCUGAGAUUGCCAAUACCCUUUCAUUUCCUAUUCAAUUCUUUCAUAUUCUUGUUUGGGAAGUGUUGUUUUGGGAGUUUGUUUCAUGUUGGAAAAUUCACCACGAAUCAGACCAUUUGCGCAGUUUCCCUUCUAAGCUGUCAGAUGGUUGUAUGGUUUCUGGGCAUGAAUUUGGUGGGUGUCUCCAUCCUUUAUAGAACAGUUGGGAGAUGUCCGAAUUCUGGUGGUUGGCUGUCAUCCAAGUUUAGGUUCUGAAUUUAGAUAUAAUAUUCUGUUGUAUACAAGGUGCUAGGACGUCUGUAUCAAAUAGAUUUUCUUGUACCUUAGCUACGGAUAUUCUUUUCACCUUUUUGAGUUUUGACAGGCAUAUAUGCCUUUGUGAAACUGUGUUUAAUGCAAGUCAAUCCUAUCUCGUAUAAAUUAAGGAGGCUUCUUUUGCACUGAA